AUGGCUGCUGGAACUGCAAAUGAUUUCCUUGAAGCCGGGCAGCCCGGCGUGCACCGCGCGGGCAAGCCCGACAGCCGGGCACCCAGCUCCGCCAGCUUCGCGCCCCGCCGGGGACGUCGGCCUUCUCUUGUCUUCCCUGCGGAUUACGGUCACGUGACAGGACUGAGGCGGAGCUCUGGUCUCUCUGGUUCUCCAGGGUUCGCUAGAGGGCGGGCGGUCCAGUGGAGGACUCCCUACAUUCUUCCUCCAUUACCUCACUGCCUCCGGUGGCUGCUGGGAUACCGGAGGACUUGGGUCCCGGCUCGACUCAGUCCUCCAGCCGCCCGGGAAAUACCUCCAAUUCUUCCCGGCUGCCGCCGCCGCCCCGCCGUUUCUUCCUUCGCCCGCUCGCCGACCUCCUUCGCCCCGCCCGGUCUGCGCCUCGCGUCCGGCCAGCCCGCCGGCCCGCUUCUCUCGGGAGCCCCCACCCAGGCGCAUGGCUCCAUGAAGCAGGAGGAGGAGGAGGCAGAGCGCGAGAGGUCCCGUCCGCCCCGGCCGCGUCUGGGCCAGGAGAAAAGGUGGGAAAGUCGGACUGCGCCGCGCCCUCCUCCUCCCUCGCUGCCGGUCCAGGCCUUCCCUGGGCCGUCGUCGCCGGAUUCCCCGGGCCUGCUUCUGUUGGGGCGGGCGGAGGGACCGCGAGUGGGUCCCCGGGGUCCUGGAGCGAGGAUCCCGGGGCAGCGUGGGGGAGGGGCUCCCAGGCGCGGAGCUGGGAGGCAGGCGGAGCCUCGGGCCGCGAGUCCCCGCCGAGGGCAGGGGGUCGUGAGUCAGUGUCAGGGAGCGGAUGGGCGGUCGCCCCUGCCCGGGCCGCGAGGCAAAGCUCCAGCCGCAGCUGUUUCUGCACUCCCUCCAGGAAACAGUGUCGGGUCUGUGUAA